GAGCACAAGAGAGUCGAACAUGCACGCCAGAUGAUCCCGUGCGAUCACACAACCAGACAAGAAAACAGUCAACAUUCUCCUAGCUUGAUAAGUUGCUUGAGAAGAAAAGUAUCUCAACAGGGCCUUGUAUUUACAAUUAUUCAGCAGAGCAGAGAGACAGACUUGUCUUCAGUUGAAGUUGUACGACAGCAAAAAAAUGAUUACAGAAAUAAAUUUCAAACUCACACAUCUCGGAACUUAUCGCUCCGUGCAGUUGUAAACGGACGACCAAAAAGAUCGGCAACUUCGAGUCACGUUGUAUGCGAAUGGCAACGUUAGUUAGCGCGUGGAGAGUGAUCGUACAGGUGCAUCUUUUCGCCCCCCUUUUGUCAGUUAUAAAAAGAACGCGCGUUCACUGUGAUUCGAUCGAUCGCGUUCACCGUGAUGGAGCUUCCCUUUGCGUUACUGCUACUGUUGGCAGCUAUUACAGGGCUCAAUGUGGCAGGAUCAAUCCCGGCUGGACAGGAAAUAAGUGAUCAGGAUCUGGACGAUAUGGAGUACGAUCGUGACAACGGAGGUGAUUCACUUAUUCCGCCAGCGGUUGUGAUGCGAACGGAUCUAGGUGAACCGGUGCCAACGGUACAGAUACCGAACAAGGAGGGCGAGUUUGUGACGAUGACCCGGAUGGAUGUGCAGGAGUGUAAAAGUAACGCUACCUACUACGAGGCAACUAAAUACGUCCAGUGCUAUCUGUACAGGGCGAAUGCAACCGAAGACCGGUACGAGUUCCACUUCAACGGGCUGAGCUCGAUUGUGCAGGCCGGGUUUAAGCGGGACCUGCCGACGGCGAUCCUCGUGCACGGAUGGCUCGGUAGCUCGGAAUCGGUAGUGAUCGAUCCACUCGCCAAGGCACUGCUCGCACAGGAAAACAAGAACGUUAUCGCAGUGGAUUGGGAACAGGGUGCGAGCACUUUGCUCUAUCCGGUCGCUCGUUACCGUGUGCCAAAGGUUGCCGCACUGGUUGCGGCCCUGAUAGACAAUCUGGUGGAAGGACUCGGCCAGGACAUUAAUCAAAUCGGUAUCAUCGGGCACAGCCUCGGUGCACACAUUGCUGGCAUUGCCGGCAAGAAGGUACGGUCCGGCAAGAUCGGUUACAUCGUUGGGCUAGAUCCGGCUUCACCUCUGUUUCGUCUAAGAAAGCCAGCCGAACGACUGUCGGCGGACGAUGCACAGUACGUGGAGAUUAUACACACGAACGGCAAGGCGCUCGGGUUUUUCAGCAACAUUGGCCAGGCAGAUUACUACCCGAACGGUGGUGUACGACAGCCUGGCUGUGGUCUCAGUCUAACGUGUAGCCAUUCGCGUUCGGUUGACUUUUUCAAGGAAUCGCUCAAAAUACGCAACUAUUACGCUCAACGAUGCGAUGACCUAGCGAACCUUGGACCUUCGUGUUCUACCGAUCGCAGCCGAACCGUGCUGGGCGGUUUGGUCUGGAAGUCAUCGAAACCGGCCGGUGUGUACUAUAUCGCGACGGCCCCGAACGAACCAUUCCUGCGCAGUGGCACCGGUGACAGGAAAUCGAUAUCGUUGAUCAUUCCAUUGCUAUCACUGUUCAUCACGUUACGGUGCAGGUGGGUGUGACGCUAAAGCAAAGAAAAAAACAACACAGACGAUCACUUCAUUACGUGCAUUUUUUUUAAAUAAGCCACAUCACUGUCCGGAGGUAGAAUUAGUUACUUCAAACGAACGAGCGUAAGCGCGGGGUACCGGAGAUUAUUCCCCCCCCCGGGAGGUGGUAGAUCAUAUUUACAUGCCCUUUGCAUUGUUGGGCAGAUUAGGUGCACACACGAUUGCAUUACCGAAAGGCGAUUUCGUAACGCUUGAGCUUUUCGAGUGUUUCGGAGCACCCGUGCAUCAGGGAGCCGCUUUACAUUUCUUAUCGCCCUCCAAAGCAAAGAAGAGCAAAUUGUAAAAAUUGUGUUUGCUGCGCAAUUGUAUGUAUAUUUUAGGGGUAGCGCCACGGCGAUGAUCUUGCUGUGUGUGAUUCGGCGCAAAGUAUAUAAAUGUUUCUUACAAAAAGACAGUGUGGACAAAGAGAAAAACAAAACUUCUUGCCUUAAUCAACAGUAGCCAUAAGCGGGACAUUUGCGAACAGCGGUAUAAAUGUUGUCGUGAUGAUUUUACACGCCCUAUAAGAGAAUGGGAGACACAGUGUAGGAUGUUUAUUUUUAGAAGAUAAAUUAAAUUGGAACCGAGCCGUGGUUAGUGGUGGUUAAUAAUUUUGCUCACCGUUUGUGGGGAUUUUUAGUUUCAUUUCAAAAUUCGUGUUUAAAUGGUAUUAAAAAUACAAAUAUGAAAAUGUUUUAGAGUCUUAA